UUGAGUUAGUGACGUUGGUCGUGGGGCCGAUACGUGUUUAUGUUAAUAUUUUCUUUUAAAAUUCUUUAGUGCCGUUUAAACAAAAAUAUAUUUUUGAUUUAUAUUUCGUGUGGCUGUGAAUUAUUCUCGAGUUAAGUGAUUAAUUUUCGCAAGUAUCCAAAUUGAACGAAUGAGGAAAAUUUAAAAACAAACAGGCUCUAGGUGACCAGCGUGGAAUUAUAAUUUUGUUUUAAAAGACCCCCUCGGUAGGCCGUCCCCAUAAUGCUCCAGGGCAACCGAGGUGGGCGAUUCAUCACCAAGGUGGUCAGUUUAGGGCUGGUAUGGGCCCUCGUGGUCUAUACCGCCCUCCAGUUCAGGUCCAUCAAGCUAGACGUGCCCAUGCCCCACCUCAACAGCAGAUACCUCUUACAGAAAAGACUGGACACACUGACGCGGCAUGAUUCGACCACCGAAGCCAUGGAUCUGGAACCUUUCGUGGAUAAGAGUCCUUCGUUGACCGAAGAUAACUUGAUCGAAGACAUCCAGAACAGGGUACCCAACUUACCCAUCGCUUAUUGGAACAAAAACAAGAAUAAACCGAUGGGCGUCAAUAACACUUGUGCUAGGUUUCCGAGCAUAUUUGAUAUAGAAUUUAACAACAAUUAUUGGCAAACAUUGCAUACGUCCAAUGGAACGUUUCAUCUUUACGGGGCCUAUUUGGACAAGAGGAAAAACAACAGGCUGGGUCCUACGGUUCGCAUUUUGGGCAUGAUCGACCGAAUCGAACCCAAGGUGAUUACAUACUGUCAGUUUUGGUUCGAUGGGAAAAAGGAUCCUGUAAUCACUAAGACGUUCGAGUACAAAUAUAUCUGGUACAAGAAAUGGGGCAACUACAAACAGGGCAUCUACCAGCCCUAUCUAACCGCCUGCGUCAUCCCGCAACCGUACAAGACCAAGGUUCCCGAGUCGAUAUCGCUGGUGGAAAAGCCUUGCGAUAAUUCUACCAACAAUUUGCGCGUGAUCUACAACGCGCCGCCCGUCAAGAAGGACUUCGCCGUGUGCGUGAAGGGCUUAGAUUUUCUUCACGAAGAUCUCUCCGUCAGAUUAGUGGAAUGGAUAGAACUAAUUAGUCUACUGGGAGCCGAUAAAAUCUUCCUGUACCAGUUGCAAGUUCACCCCAAUAUCAGCAAAAUUCUAAAUCAUUACGAGAAACAAGGCAAAGUACAGGUUACGCCCAUAACGUUGGCGGGUGUUCUUCCCAACGCUCCAGCGUUGCAACAUUUCUUCUUAUCGAAGAAGACGAACCACAAAAGGCAGAACGAACUUAUACCUUAUAACGACUGCUUUUACAAGCACAUGUACGAGUAUAAGUACAUCGCGCUGCUUGAUAUCGAUGAGGUUAUAAUGCCCCUGGAAGGUACAUCCUGGAAAGAAUUAAUGGACAAAGUCUUGCCAAAAGCUCUAAAGAUAAAUAAAGAAGAACGAGCCUCCUAUAACGUUAGAAACGUAUACUUCUUAGAUGAUUUGUUGCAUGAUCAUGGGUGGUUCAAGGAAAUUCCUCGUUACAUGCACAUGAUGCAACACGUCUAUAGGACGAAGAAUUUCACCAAGCCAGGCCAGUACGUCAAGUGUUUCCACAACACUGAGAAAGUGUUGACGUUACACAACCAUUUUCCUUUGAGUUGUCUAGGCAGCGGGUGUACGUCUUAUCCAAUCGAAACGGGAGAUGCACAACUUCAACAUUACAGGGCUGACUGCGUCAAAACCUUGAAGAAAACAUGCGAAGAAUUUCGAAAAACUUCAGUAAUGGACACCACCAUAUGGAAGUUUAAAGACCCUCUUAUCCAAAGGGUCAGUUCGACCCUUAAAACGUUAGGAUUUUUCAGUAACGCCAACACAAACGACGUUAACAAUAACAGCAUUAGGUAGAAAAAAUCCUUUUUUGAAACCCUCUACAGGGUGGUUUUUUUAAACAAGAGCUGUCGUGUCGUUGUCCACGACAGUGAAUAAACCAAAAAUGAUGACUCCUCUCAAAUGUGAUAUGUUAUUUGUGCUGUAUCACGAUAUUCGUUCGUAUUUAAGUGUGCCUUGAACAAGAGCCUUUUUGAUGCAGAUCCUUGAACCAGUGCCUUAGUCAAAAUUUCAAUUAGAGAUGUAAGUAUACAAGGUGAAAAAUAUUUUUAUAUUACACCAACAAAGUUAAGAAAAAUCUAUAUAUUAUUUUUAGUGAUGAAUAUAACAUAAUUUUAUGUUGUUUUUUCUUAAAAAACUUUUUAUGUAUUGUUUUCUCUGUUGUAGGACUUGGAAAUAACUAUGAUAUAUAAUCAAAAAUUGAUAGUAAAGUGUAAAGUAUAAAAGCAAUAUUCAAUAUUUUGGAAAAUUUUGAAAUUUCUCCUUAAAAACCUGACAUCCUCAAUUUUUUGUUUAUAAAAGGUUUGUUUUUCACCAACCUGCUAUACGCAUACUUCAACAAAAUUUUUUCACCUUGUAUAUAUAAAAUAUAUUUUAUUAAAUUUCUAUUCAGAGUAUAAAAAAUAAUGAUUGAAUACGCCCAACAGCAGACAUCAAAAUCAUCGUCCAAACAUUAUUUAAGAAUUGAUCAGUGAUUGUGACAGAAAAAUUUCACAACAAUGACGUUUGACCUCGUGCUAUGAUUUCAUGUCUAUCUCAUCCAUAGAUAAAAGAAACAAGUUUAGAUUGGAAAGUGCUCAUCUUUAUAGACAUAACAUUGCCUUUGCAAUGUUAAAUACUAUUUGGCGCUAUUCAUUGCUUUUGAUAAUUUCGGAACGGUUCGGCUUUUUCCAGAAGUAUGUCGCCAAA